UAAUAAAUCAAAAACCGGGUGCAUGUGCGGCUCCCUUUCACGGCCCCCCUCCCUCGGACUCACUCCCCCCGUCUCCACCUCCACCUAAUCAAUCAAUCCCCACGCCCCAAUCCUUCGAGGCGAGCGCUUUAAGCAGCCAGCAGGGGGGGCAGUGGUGCAGAAAGGCGAAACGCCCCAAAUCCCAGAAGAGGCGAGGGGGAGGGAGGAGGAGAGCGGCGGCGCAGCAGCAGCAGAGCCGCCAGCCAUGGCGGUGGGCGCGACCGCCACGAAGCUGCACCUGCCGUCCGCCGGCGGCCGCCGCCCGUCCCUGCUCCACCUCGCGGCCGUCGCGGUGCUCUGCACGGUGUCGUACCUCCUCGGCAUCUGGCACCACGGCGGCUUCUCCGCCGCCCCGGCCGGCGGCGUCGCCUCGUCCGUCUCCAUCGCCACCACCGCCUCCGUCUCCUGCGUCUCCCCCACCCCGACGGUCCUCGGCGGCUCCUCGUCAUCCGCGCCGCUCGACUUCGCCGCGCACCAUACCGCGGAGGGGAUGGAGGUGGCGUCCGGGCAGGUGCACCGCACGUACGAGGCGUGCCCGGCGAAGUACUCCGAGUACACGCCGUGCGAGGACGUCGAGCGCUCGCUGCGGUUCCCGCGGGAGCGGCUCGUGUACCGGGAGCGGCACUGCCCGUCGGAGGGUGAGCGGCUCCGGUGCCUCGUGCCAGCGCCCAAGGGGUACCGCAACCCGUUCCCGUGGCCGACGAGCCGCGACGUAGCGUGGUUUGCCAACGUGCCGCACAAGGAGCUCACCGUCGAGAAGGCGGUGCAGAAUUGGAUCCGCGUCGACGGUGACAGGUUCCGGUUUCCUGGUGGCGGCACCAUGUUCCCCCACGGCGCCGGCGCGUACAUCGACGACAUCGGCAAGAUCAUCCCCCUCCACGAUGGAUCCAUCCGGACCGCCAUCGACACCGGCUGUGGGGUGGCGAGCUGGGGCGCAUACUUGCUGUCACGCAACAUUCUGGCAAUGUCCUUCGCACCACGGGAUUCUCAUGAGGCACAGGUUCAGUUUGCACUGGAACGCGGUGUGCCAGCGAUGAUUGGCGUUCUUUCAUCCAACCGGCUCACCUAUCCGGCUCGUGCCUUUGACAUGGCUCACUGCUCUCGCUGCCUCAUUCCCUGGCAGCUCUAUGAUGGGCUGUACUUGAUUGAGGUGGAUCGCAUUCUGCGGCCAGGAGGGUAUUGGAUUUUGUCUGGACCUCCAAUCAACUGGAAGAAGCAUUGGAAGGGAUGGCAAAGGACCAAGGAAGACCUGAAUGCAGAGCAACAAGCUAUCGAGGCAGUGGCCAAGAGCCUUUGCUGGAAGAAGAUCAAGGAGGAUGGUGACAUUGCCAUCUGGCAGAAACCUACUAAUCACAUUCACUGCAAGACCUCCCGCAAAAUCAUCAAGUCCCCACCCUUUUGCUUGGAUAAAAAUCCAGAUGCUGCGUGGUAUGACAAGAUGAAGGCUUGUAUUACUCCGCUCCCGGAGGUUAGUGAUAUAAAAGAGAUUGCUGGUGGUGAGUUGAAGAAAUGGCCAGAGAGGCUCACUGCAGUGCCACCCAGAAUUGCCAGUGGUAGCAUUGAGGGUGUCACUGAUGAAAUAUUCAUGGAAGACACCGAACUAUGGAAGAAGAGAGUUGGGCACUACAAGUCCGUGAUAAGUCAAUUUGGACAGAAAGGACGGUACCGCAACUUGCUUGAUAUGAAUGCGCGCUUUGGCGGCUUCGCUGCGGCAUUGGUGGAUGACCCUGUGUGGGUCAUGAAUAUGGUCCCAACUGUUGGCAAUUCAACAACUCUUGGGGUAAUAUAUGAGCGUGGGCUCAUCGGAAGCUACCAAGACUGGUGUGAGGGCAUGUCCACGUACCCUCGGACCUACGACCUAAUUCAUGCCGAUUCAGUGUUCACGCUAUACAAGGACAGAUGCGAGAUGGAUAACAUUCUGCUGGAAAUGGACAGAAUACUUAGGCCUGAGGGUACGGUGAUUAUAAGAGAUGAUGUUGACAUGCUGGUGAAAAUAAAGAGCAUUACGGACGGGAUGAAAUGGAAUAGCCAAAUCGUUGAUCACGAAGAUGGUCCGCUCGUCCGGGAGAAGCUCCUCCUUGUUGUUAAGACAUACUGGACACUCGAGGAAGAUAAGCAAUAGGAAUAACGUGAAAUAAAGCGUUAGAAUGAUUUGACUUAUUGGGCAAAUCUCAUAAUCGGGCUUUUCAAUUUGCCUUGUGGAUUUGAAGUUUCUUUUCUUUUCAUUCUUUGGGUGGAAUAGUUCACAUAAUGGAGUUCAGCCCUCAAUGUUUAGGUGUAAAAGAGGGGCGCAUAUGAGAAGGGAACCUGCAAAGUUUUUGACAUGAAAGGACAGCCAAAGUGUUCCAAGUGGGUAAAUAGAAGCUAUAAUUAUGGUGUCAA